AUGAGCUGGGAGAAUCCAGCCGCUAUCACCGCCAGCAGCGCUACAGCCGGCAUGCUCUGCAAGAUCGGCAUGCCAGUGGAGAGCACAUCAUGGCGUGUGCUACAACCUGAAUUCGCAGCUCACCCCCUUCCCAUGCCACCAGGUGGGAACCUGGGAAUGCUUUUCAGCGAUCAUCGCAAGCGGCGCUACAGCCGCCAUCCGAUCCUGCUGCUGCGCCCCAAGAUGGACCUGGCGAAUGACGGAAACUACCGGGAAACGCGCUGGUUCGCCACGUGGAAGCGGUUGGGAGUGGUAGAGAGCGUGCGGUUACCAGCGGUGGUUACCGCGGCGUGUGAGGGGCAGAGGGAGGUGCCCAUUGGGGAUGGCGUGCUGGAUCUGCUGGAUAGGUGGGUGAUGCCUGGACGGGUGGUAUCUGGACGGGUGGUAUCUGGAUGGGACCUCUCCACCUCUCCACCUCUCCGCAACUCCACCUCUCCACCUCUCCACAACUCCACCUCUCCACAACUCCACCUCUCCACCUCUCCACCUCUCCGCAACUCCACCUCUCCACCUCUCCACCUCUCCACAACUCCACCUCUCCACCUCUCCGCAACUCCACCUCUCCACCUCUCCACCGCUGUGCCUUCUAUUGCAAUGCCAGCAGAGGUGGUGAGCACCCUGGCGAGUGAGACAUGUGAGGAGCUAUUCACCCCUCUAGCACCGCACAUCCGAGCGGCACUGGCGGGGGCAGAGGUGGUGGGCAACGGCAGUGGCAGCCACCACGAGCUGCGCAAGCUGGGGACCCGCGUGGGGCUCGUGCAAUCGGCCACGAGCAAGGCGGGGGGGGUGUAUCUGUACGCCAACCAGAAAGGAUGUGAUGGUGGAAGGCUGUACUACGACGGGUGUGCGAUGGUGGUGGUGAACGGGCAGGUGGUGGCGCAGGGAUGGCAGUUCUCAAGACGGGUGUGCGAUGGUGGUGGUGAACGGGCAGACGGGUGUGCGAUGGUGGUGGUGAACGGGCAGGUGGUGGCACAGGGAUCGCAGUUCUCAUUGGCUGAUGUCGAAGUGGUAACCGCCACAGUGGACCUCGACCAGGUGGCAAGCUACAGGGGCGCCAUCAGCAGCCUGAGGGAGCAGGCCUCAGCGUCCGCCCCAGCACCCUCCGCCUCCUUCCCCACCCUUUCCUCCUCUGCCUCCGCCUCUCCUGGCAUCGUCCGCAUUCCCUCCGACAUCUCCAUCUGCCAUCCUGCAUCCGCCAGCCUUACACUCGCCAUCUCACACCCCAUUCAGAUUCGCUACCACUGCCCCGAGGAGGAAAUCGCUCUGGGCCCAGCAUGUUGGUUGUGGGACUAUCUGCGGCGCAGCGGGGCUUCAGGCUUCCUGCUACCGCUGUCUGGCGGUGCUGACAGCUCCUCUGUGGCCGCUAUUGUCGGGUGCAUGUGCCAGCUGGUGGCGAAAGGUAUGAUGCGGUGCUAUGCAGUCCUAUGUGGUGCUGCGGGCUCAUCUGUGGCCGCUGUUGUGGGGUGCAUGUGCCAGCUGGUUGCUACAGGUGUGACGGGUGGUAGCAAUGGGGUGCUGCGGGGUUCUAGGGGGUGGUAUGAGGUGCUAUGCUGCCUUGCUGCUGACAGCUCAUCCAUGGGCGCCACAGUGGGGCGUCACAGCUGGGCAAAUGAUGUCCCCCGCACACCACACCCCUUCUGCCCGUCCCUCCCUCCGCUUCCCACGCCCUGCCCUUGUGUUUUCCCCUUUGCAGCCAUAGCAGAGGGCGACGAGCAGGUGCGGCAGGACGCGGCGCGAAUCACGGGGCUACAGCUGGCGGCAGGGGCGGCAGCAGAGGAGCAGAAGCAGCAGGCUGCCAUGCUGGCAGAUCGCAUCCUGCACACCAUCUACAUGAGCACGGAGAACAGCUCCCAAGCUACAAGGGCACGAGCGAAGCAGCUAGCGUCGGAGAUAGGCGCAUGGCACGUGGACACGAGCAUAGACUCGGUCGUUGCUGCUGUUGUGGUGCUCUUUCUCACUGUCACGGGCCUGCGCCCUCAAUACAAGAAGCAGGUAGCCGCCCAGAUCCGACACCAGCUGCACGAAGCGAAGAUGCUGCUGAACGGGUGGACAUUCCCUGAUGUCUGUCGCCUCGACGACGACCGCAGGACCAAACUGGACGGAGGCACAUCGGCUGAGAACCUGGCUCUGCAGAACAUCCAAGCGCGCCUGCGCAUGGUGCUCGCCUUUCUCUUUGCGCAGCUGCUGCCCUGGGUGCGGGGACAUGGGGGGAAAGGGGGAGCAGCCGGCGUAUCACAGGGGGAGAAGGGGAUAGAGGAGGGGCAGAAGGACAGCGGGGAAGAUGGGGCGCCAGGGGGAGGCGAAGGAGGGGAGGGAAGAGUGGUGGGGGGCGAAGCGGUGCCAGAGGGAGGGGUGUUGGAGAGGGGCAAGGGGAGGGGAGGGGGGUUGGAGCAGCGGGGGGGCGGAAGGGGCUUUCUGCUCGUGCUAGGCAGUGCCAACGUGGACGAGGCUCUGAGGGGAUACCUCACUAAGUACGACUGCAGCAGUGCGGACAUCAACCCCAUUGGCGGCAUCAGCAAGACGGACCUUCGCCGCUUCCUGCGCUGGGCGGCAGUCCACCUUGGCUUCGCCUCAUUGGCCGACGUCGAGGCCGCGCCGCCCACCGCUGAGCUGGAACCAAUCAGAGCGGACUACGUGCAGGUGGACGAGGUGGACAUGGGAAUGACAUAUGAGGAGCUCUCUCUAUAUGGCCGCCACCGCAAGGUCAUGCGCUGCGGCCCCGUUGCCAUGUUCCAGCACCUCUUCACUCCCCUCCCACCUCUCCCCCCUUCACAGCAUUUAUGCCACGAGUGGCGGCAGGGGCUGACAGUAGCGGAGAUAGCAGCAAAGGUGAAGGCGUUCUUCCGCUUCUACUCCGUCAACCGCCACAAGAUGACCACGCUCACCCCCUCCUACCACGCUGAGGUAACCGCUCACUCCCUCACUUACUCCCUCACUCCCUCCUUUGCUCACGUCUCCUACCAUGCCAAGGUAACCUCUCACUCCCUCACUCCCUCAUGUGCUCACUCCCUCAGUCUCUCUCUCCGUCACUUCCUCUAUCCCUCAUACGAUGCUGCGGCAGCCCCUAACUGCCUCCUGCCUCCCCUCGCCACACUUCAAGAACUACUCCUAAAAGGACAACCGGACAACCGGUUUGACCUGCGCCAGUUCCUGUACAACGUGGCAUGGCAUCACCCCCGUUUCCCCUUGCGUCUUCCUCCCUCCCCUCUUCCUCCCAUCUCCCUCCCAUCUCCCUCCCAUCUCCCUCCCCUCUUCCGCCAUUCAGAACUACUCCCCCGAGGACAACCGCGGGAGCUGCAAUGUGACGUGGCGUGGCCGUGGCAGUUGAAGCGCAUCGGCCAGCUCGUGGGCCAGCAUGAGGCUGCUGCUGCAACAGGCGCAGUAGAUGCUUCUGCUGCUGCUGCUGCUGCUGCUGCUGCUGCUGCUGCUGCUGCUGCUGCUGCUGCUGCUGCUGCUGCUGCUGCUGCUGCUGCUGCUGCUGCUGCUGCUGCUGCUGCUGCUGCUGCUGCUGCUGCUGCUGCUGCUGCUGCUGCUGCUGCUGCAGUUGAGAGCACGAAUGGAGCUGUGGCUGCAGCUGAAGGAGAUGGAGGAGGUGAGGAUGGUGUAAAGCUUCAGGGAAUGCGUUGGUAA